CAGUGAGACCUUAUUAAGACCAUGGCAAAAGUACGAAGCACAAGCCCACUCUGUAAAAGAAAGGCAUCAACAUUCUAAAAAAGGACACUAUUUGGAGGUUCUUAAUCAACAAACGCCAGGUUGCUUAUUCAUUAGCUAGAUCCUAGACAUGAUGGACAUCUCAAACAUCAAAUAUAGAAUACGUCAAUGCUCAAAUUGUCCAGAUGGUUUGGAAUAUAUUUGUGAAACUUGUUCUUGUGUUCUCUGUUUACCAUGCAAACAUAAGCAUAUGCUUUUAAUGGCAGGGACAGGAACUAUCCACUCAAUGAUAAAUUACCGACAAAAAUUCAAAAAUCUUAAAAAUCCUGGGAUUUGUUUGAAACAUUCAAACAAUGUUUGUGAUACUUUUUGUGAACAGUGUAUCACUCCAAUCUGUUCUGAAUGUACUGAACAUAGAACACAUAAAACAACCGACCUUAGUAGAGCGUAUGAAAAAAAUCUGCGUCAAAACAAGAGACUGAUUCAAACUAUUGAGGAAAAGGAACUAUUUUGUUAUUCUCUUUUGAGUGAAUCCGAGAUAGAUUUCAGAAUCGUAGCUGAAGAAGUAGCAAACAUGAAAUCCAAGCUCCAAGCAGUGUCCAAAGAACUGACGGGUUACAUUGACAACGUGCGAUAUAGAUUUCCUGCUAAAUUCAGAUGCUUGAAACAGAAGACUAAAAUGAACAGAUGUAUAGCCAGUGUACAAAUAUUUGAACACGUAUGCGAACACUCAUCAAUGGCUCCGAUAAAGUUUCUUUUAUCCGUUAAGAAAAAGCAUAAUUUCAAAAUGGAGAACAGGGCUUUUUUAAAACAGCAUGGCUUGGCAACGGUCAAAGAGUCACCCAACUUUGAUAAUAUCAGUAAGAAAUUGCCAACAAUAAAUAUUAGCGGCGAGGAAAAACUCAUGCAAUUCACAAAAUUUGAUAUGGGCUUGUUUGAAAAAAUAAAAAGCCGUGGGAUAAGACGGUUGAAGAAUGCUUACAAAUCACCAGAGUCAAUGUCGAAUCUUAUGAAAUGGUUGUCGAUGAAUAUUUUAGAAUAUCCAAUGCUGUUACAGCUCGCAGUUGAAUUUGAAACACCACUUGUACCUUUUGGUGCUAGUCCUCGUUACCUCCAAGGGAAAAGACAUUUUAAGUUACCAGAACUUCUCUCAAUUAUGAAGGAAGAGGCGGAUGAGAUUUUUAAAAGAAACAUUUCUGUUGGUUGGAAACACCUAUCUAUCCCAAAUAUGCAUAUCUCCUUUGACGAAUCGUAAGAGGAUGUCAAAGUCAAUCGAAACCGCCCAUCAAGUGACAGUAAUAAGUUUAUGAUUGUUAUUUAUCCAUUUUAGACAAUAGACAUUUCAGUCACUCAAAUUGUGCUUUGAAAUUACGAACUGUAAUGUCUUGAAUAUACCGAUAUUGGAUUAUCGACGAUAAUAAGGGAUUUUUAAAUUAAAUUUGCUAAACAGAAAACUGUUUUUGAUCCGUCAAAUGGCAAUAUACUAAGCUUGCAAUUUGUUUCGGUAUUUACUUUACAUCAAAUUAUAUAUUAAAUGUGUACAACUUUAUGACUUUUUAUACUUGAACGUCUUUACUAAGCAGUAACAUAUCAAAUUAUAAAGAAUGAAUUUAAUUAAUUUUUGUAUGAUAUUAUACAAACAAUAUAUAAGAUGGAAAAAUUUAUGCCUUUUACAUGUAAAACUUUGCGGUUUUUAACGUUUAA